UUUCAAAAAUAGUACUCCAUUUUGAGUGUCAAAAACUCGUUAGCAAAAGAUUUCUCAUAUCUGUUUGUUUGGAUUUUCAGAAAAGAUUUUCAAAACAACAACCACAACGAAUCAAAGAAGAAUUUUCUGUAAUAAAAACAAGAUACGGUAAUCAACGGCAAAAAAAAGAUCAAAUCUAUAAACCUAUAAACAGAGUAACUUGCAGAGUUUUUUGAGUCAGAAAAAGAUAAAUCAAGAUACCCCUUUUAAUGUCUUAAUGAGAGCAAGAAACAUUAAUGGUUUGAAUCUGAGCAAAAGUUAUUGAAAAAAUGAACAGUUGCAGAGAAGGGGUAAAAGAAGGAAAUUGAAAGAGAUUCACGAGAUUGUCAGUUUUUGCUGAUGAGAACAACACUUCACUACUACUGAGGUGGUGCCCUGGUUGUGAGUUUGAUUGUAUCAAGAUAAAAAAUGGGGAAAGCAACUAGAUGGUUUAAGAAUUUCUUAGGAAUGAAGAAAGAAAAAGAUAAGAAUUUCUCAUCAAAUUUGAGUGAUCAGAGAGAUAAGAAGAGAUGGAGUUUUGGGAAAUCGGUUAGAGAUUCAGUUUGUGUUGGUCAUUUUCCGGAGAAUCAUUAUAACAAUCCGGUUGAUGAUAAUGAUGAAGAAACAGAGACAACAACCACAACAGCAACAACAACUGCAACAUGGGUCAAAUCUUCUUCUUAUUACAGUGAAACAGAGAAUGAACAAAACAAACAUGCUAUUGCUGUUGCUGCAGCCACUGCUGCUGCUGCUGAUGCUGCAGUUGCUGCAGCGCAAGCUGCGGUUGCUGUUGUUAGACUUACUAGUCAUGGUAGAGGUACUUUGUUUACUGGUGCUAAUGAGAAAUGGGCUGCUAUUAAGAUUCAAACAGUCUUCAGAGGUUAUUUGGCAAGGAAGGCAUUAAGAGCACUAAAAGGAUUAGUGAAGCUGCAAGCACUUGUUAGAGGUUAUUUAGUUCGGAAACAAGCUGAUGCAACUCUACAUAGUAUGCAAGCUCUUAUUAGAGCUCAAUUAACUGUUCGAUCUCAGAAAGCUCGCCAGCAACUCAAUCAAGAACAAAGACCUUACCCGGAAUUCCGGCCUCGUCGAUCCACUGAAAGAUAUGAUGAUGCAAGAAGUGAGCACACCGCAUCAAUUCAUAGUAGGAGAUUAUCAGCAUCACUUGAAGCUGCGAUUAAUAAUACAUAUGAAGAGACUCCUAAGAUUGUCGAAAUCGAUACGUGUAGGCCGAAGUCACGGUCUAGGAGAACACCAAGCAAUUCAAUAUCAGAGUACGGUGAAGAUCCGUGUAAUCCAGCUCCCAGAAUUGAUUCUCCAAGAUUGCAGGCAUGUCCAAUUCCAGCAAGAAUGUCAAUACCAGAUUGCAGGAAUUUCCAUGAGUUCGAUUGGGCAUUGGCAGCCGAUGAGUGCAGAUUCUCCACUGCUCAGAGCACUCCCCGGUUUGUGAAUUCCUGCGCGCCGGUCACGCCAGCGAAGAGCGUCUGCACGGAGAGGUUGUUUCGACCGUACUCGAAUUUCCCAAAUUACAUGGCAAAUACACAAUCAUUCAAGGCGAAAGUUAGAUCGUAUAGCGCUCCGAAACAAAGGCCCGAUACAGGUUCAAGGAAGAGACUAUCGUUAAGCGAAAUUGCGGGAUCGAGGGCUAGUUUAAGCGGCGUCCGAAUGCAAAGGUCUUGUUCUCAAGCUCAAGAAGCUAUUAGUUUCAAGAAUGCUGUAAUGGGUAAACUUGACAGGUCCACUGAAUUUGCUUGUGACAUUGAAAGGGAAUACUUUCAAAGGAGAUGGUGAGGAAAUGAAAAUUCUCUUCUUCUUCCUCUUCCAGUGUAAUCAAUUUUUAGAAAUCAAAACACAAAUUUUGUGUGUAAAUUUGAUAUCAAGUUUUUUGCAAAUUUGAAAA